AUGGCCAUGCAGAUGCAGCAAAUGCAACUGCAGCAGCAGCAGCUGCAACAACAGCAGCUGCAACAGCAGCACCUGCAGCAGCAGCAGCUGCAGCAGCAGCAGCUGCAACAGCAGCAGCUGCAGCAGCAGCUGCAGCAACAGCAGAUGCAGCAGCAGCCGCACAUGCAGCAGAACCAGGCGAACAUGGGGGCCGCCAAAGGAGGCGGCAAGGGAGGUAUGCCUGGAAAGGGAGGGCAAGGGCCAGCACGACCCCCAGCGCCCCCGCCACCACGGGGGCCUACGCCCCCGGUCCCGCCGAUCACGGCGCCGGGCGGGCCAGGGUUGCCAACAGGCUGCAGCAACGCCAACUUUGGCGGUGCCAAAGGAGGAGCUGGCUGCAAAGGAGGUAUGCCUGGCAAAGGAGGGCAAGGGCCAGCCCGACCCCCAGCGCCUCCGCCACCGCGGGGGCCUACGCCCCAGGCCCUGGCGCUUCCAGCGCCGGCCGGCGGGCCAACUGGAUGCAGCAACGCUAACUUUGGCGGUGCCAAAGGAGGAGCGGGCUGCAAAGGAGGUAUGCCUGGCAAAGGAGGACAAGGGCCAGACAUGAGAAAGAGACAGCUGGAGCGCGAGCAAGAGCAGAAGCGGCGACAGGAGGAGAUAAAGCGCAGGAGGGACGAAGAUGAGGUGAAAAGAAAGGAGCAUUCAGCUGUGCUGGCCGUCCGCAAAGCGAUCCAAAAGGUGCGCACAGCCGUUCCCGACAGCUACGAUGCCGUGCGCCUCCAACUCGAAGAGGCCCUGGCGGCCAACCUGGAGUCUCUUGGGAGUCAAGCCCCAAAGGUCGGGCAAGAGGCGGAACAAGCCCUCCAUCAGGCGCAGCAGCGCCUCGAUGAGAUGCACGAGAGGAGGCUGCAAGACGAGCGGAGUAGGGCACUAGAGGAGCAGCUCAGAAAGACCGAAGUCGAGCAGGCCGACCUCCUGGAAGCCGAAGCAAGGGCCGCGGCCGAGAAGCACCAAGAAAAGCACCUGGAGGCAGAGGAGUUGGUGCGGCAGCUCGAGGUUGGGAACCAGGACCCUGCGAACCUGAUGUCAGCGGCCGAGGCUGCGGUGAAGUCCAUUGCAGCGGCUCGGACUGAGGCGCAAAACGCGCGCAGAGCGAUCCUUGAGAAGCAGCGGGCCAUCAGCGAGACCGAGGCAACGCGAAAAGCCAGACGAGAGGUCGUCGGCUUUGCGGCCAAGGUGGCUCAAAGUGUCCGAAUUUUCGACAGGCUCCUGGCCUCCGCGACUGCUCGCCGAGACAAGGAGGCCGGGAAAGCUGUGGCGUUGAAGAAGCUGAAUGAAAAGAAAUCUGAGUUCGUCAAGUUCGAUCUUGAUGGCGACCAGCAGCUCAACCGAGCUGAAGUCGAGGCCUAUGCCAAGGCGACUUUAGCCUAUGAGCUGCCGGCAGACGUGCUGGACGCCAUUGUGAAAAAGCUGGACCCUGUCACCCUUGCUAAGUUUCGGCCGCUGCAUCAGAAGUUGUUUAUCGCCAAGUCGGAGAUUCUUGCGCGAAAGGCGCGAUCCGAGGAGGCGCAGCUGUAA